UGCUCCAGAUUUCCGACUCCUGAAGAGACACGGGCGCCUGUGAUCCGUUAAUCACCCGAGCAUCUCUAGCAUCCAAACGCAGUUUCUAACCAGAACAGUCAUUUGACUCAUCGUUUAAGUGGUAUACAAUGCCACAAGGCUUCUUUGUACUCACAUCAACUGAUAUUGUAAAACUUUAAAUGCUCUUGUUAUGGCUAUCUGAAAGGUUCUUGCGCAGUUCUAAGUGCUAACUGAAGCUUAUAUGAAACAUUUUUGGCUGACAUCUCUCGGAGCCAUCUCUCCUUAAAAAAACUCUCGGGGAUUGUGAGACUUCCAUGUCGGCGAUGUUGUUUUUCCAUCGUAAUGGAUACCUGAGACAAGGGGUCAAUAGUUAAGAAUUUGCAUUUGGCGUGGAGCGUUUGCAGAUCAUUAAAAAAGAUCGAACUUUUAUCACAUAUGACACGGAUUAUUAAAGAUGAGACGUUUAUUUUGACUAUCACAGUGGGAUAAAGUACAGCGCAUCAUCACCGCACCUUCAGGAUGUUCCGGCGAGGCUGUGGUCUGGAGUUUCUCCUGGUGCUGUGUGGUUUAGAGUUGACCCAGGCGUGUCCCCGUGACUGCAUCUGCUACGACUCUCCCAGCACGGUGAGCUGCCAGGCUCACAACUUCCUGGUGGUUCCAGAGGGAAUCCCGGCCCAGAGUGAGCGCGUCUUUCUGCAAAACAACAAGAUCCAGCGACUGCUACAGGGCCAUUUCAGCCCCACCACAGUCAUGCUUUGGCUCUACUCCAACAAUAUCUCAUACAUCCAGCCCUCCACAUUCAUGGGCUUCACCCGCCUGGAGGAGCUCGAUCUGGGGGACAACAAACACCUCCGCUCUCUGGCUUCUGACACUUUUCAGGGCCUGACCAGACUCCAUGCUCUGCACCUCUACCACUGUGGCCUUAUCACUCUGCCUGCUGGCUUGUUUGAGGGGCUGCACAACCUGCAGUACCUCUAUUUACAGAACAACCAACUGGAGUUUCUUGAGGAUGACAUGUUCAUUGAUCUUCUGAAUCUGAGCCAUUUAUUUCUGCAUGGAAAUCGGCUGUGGAGCCUCCACCAGAACACUUUCCGUGGCCUGGGGGCCCUCGAUCGCUUGCUGCUCCAUCAAAACCGACUCCAGUGGGUUCACAAGCAGGCUUUCCACGACCUGCGCCGACUGACGACUCUCUACCUGUUUAACAACACCUUACCUGAACUUCCAGCCGAAAGCUUGGCUCAGCUGCCAGCGCUGGAGUACCUGCGUCUCAACGACAACCCUUGGGAGUGUGACUGCAAGGCCGUGCCGCUCUGGGAUUGGCUGCGGCGCUUCCGUGGCUCCACCUCCUCGUUAAUAUGCAUGGCUCCCCCGGAGCUGGCGGGGAAGGAUCUGAAACGGUUGACGAAAGAAGAGCUACCUUCCUGUACAGGCUCAGAGUCGCUCCACCAGAGCAAAUCCAGCCAGGGGGACGUGGGGGUGUCAUUGAAGAAAGAUCAUCAUCAUCGAUCGCGCAAUCAUCAUCAUCAUCCUCACCUGCCACAUCAGGAUCAAUACUACCCCACCUCCCCAUCGCCGAUCCCUCGACCACCCAAGUCGGGACGCAACAGAAACUGCACGAGGCAUCGAAGUCGCAAGGGCAAUGCUCAGAACGAGGUGUAUAACCUAACAGAGUCAGCCAACAAGGAAUCAGACGAAAAAUCUGACCCGUCAAAACCAAGACGAAAGAACAAAUGCAUCCCACGGACUUCGGUGGGUGCCCCUAGUGGCGUGCAAAGAGCGAACAGCAGGGCGGCGUCCCUCUUGUCACCUUGUUUCAUCAUCCCUCUUUGCUUAUUGGUGUGUCUCACUGCCCUUAUUUUCCGCUGAGCCUCGUGGAAGCCUCUACUAAUGGUUUUACAGAAUAAACUUAGCCCUCUGUCUACUCUGGCUCCUACACUUCAGUGUACGAAUGUGUGUGCGUUUGUGUGUACAUGUGUACGAUAGUGAGCCCCUUUCGAGGAACAGAGGACUCUGCGAAGUUGCAGGCCAGAAAUUAAACUGGAAAUGGGAAGAAACUCUGAAAUUUGUGGGCGAGAGACGGAGAGAUGGGACUACUCCUCCAUCAUCACCAUUUCCUGUUGCUCCUGUUAGACCAGGGCAUAUUCAAUAACAAACAAACCCAUCUGCAUUUGUUAACUACAUUCAGUUGUGUAUCACACCUCUGCAGAAUAAUUAGCAGCUCAUUGUGGUCAAGCUCACCUCCAUUAAAACCUCCGAAUCCCUGUCUUAACCUUCAACCUGCACACAGGCUGCGGCCCAGCAAGGGGAAAGAGUGUGAAUGAAAUACAUAAACCAACUAUUUACACAAAUGUACAAAGGGGCUGCUUCACUAACCUGUUAGCAUCUCAGCGGUUUCUAUGGGAGGGUUGUUGUUAACACCUUUAGCACCUGACAACAUAAAAAUGAAAGCCAAGCUCAAAAUAGAGCAAUUGGGUUAGUUAUGAGGGUUUUUGUUGUAGUUGUUGUUUUAAAACUGUGAACAGCCCCAAUAAAUGCUAACAGGGUCAACCCAACAAAGCCAAAAGUUGCUGUUUGCUGUCACAGUGUGAAUUAGCAAUCAAAUUCUACUGUUCUAAAGCUGCUAUGCUGGCGAGGUCAGUAAAGAAAAAGUAGAGUUUAUAAAGGAUUAUGGGAUGGCUUUGGGUUUGUGUGUGUUGUUAUUCGUUGAUUGUGCCCUAAAGAUAGUAUUUUGCAAAAAAUCCGAAAGGCAAAGUUAUUAAGACAUGAAAAGGUCAAGUGGAGCUCAUGGAAAAAGCAUCAUGCAUUAUAUGUUUCUCAGCUGCAAUAAUGUGCUAACCUAGAAGGGAAACAAUACCAACACUACAUAAUUAUCUGCACACAGCACAGUUUAGGAAAAUAAAACAGGAAAUUUCACAAAGGGAGAAACACAGCUGUUCAGUCACAGAUGUCGAGGCUAACCUGGAAGGCUAAUUUGCCAUAGAUUCCCUCAGGAAGUUCUUAAGGUUUUUUUGUUUUGUCUUGACAUCAUAAAUGUCACUAAUGAAGUAAAGUGCAAACACUGUUAAUCUGCAUAUAUUAUAAGAUUUUUGAACUACAGGUCAUUAUUAUAUAAUUAAAAAUAAUUAUAUACUAAAAUAAUUUUUAGCAUAUAUAUAUAUAUAUAUAUAUAUAUAUAUAUAUAUAUAUAUAUAUAUAUAUGUGUGUGUGUGUGUGUGUGUGUGUGUGUGUGUGUUUGUGUGUGUAUUACUGUGUAUUACUGUGUAGUAACAGUAGUUUGGUUUAUCACAGAAAUGUUAUAGUUUCCCAUUAAAUGUAACCGGGGUAAUUUAUUAGACCAUUUAUUUUCAUACUGGGGGUCUAGGGGUCCACAAGCAAGUGUGCAGUCAAAGUUCUGAAUAAAAAAUUCAGUGAAAAAGUAAAGUAAUGUAAAGUAAAUUAAUAUAAAUAAAUAAAAAUGCUAUAGUCAAUACUGUAUGUUAAUGUGAUGGUUUACCCAAAAAUGAAUAGAAAAUAAAUGCAUACAUGUUUGGAAUGACAUGAGGGGUACUAAACUUAAUUUUAAAGUUAAAUCAUUACAUUAAAAGACUUGUCCUAUGAACAUAAAUUACAGUCACACCCACAUCAUGGAUCGUUUAUCGAUACGCAACUACAGGUAUCAAAAGUAUGUGUCCUUAGCCAAUUGUUAACAAUUAAAAAAAAAAAAAUUAUAUAUAUAUAUAAAUAUAUAUAAAAUGUGGUUUCUAUAACCACUUUCUAUUUUCUAUAAAUAAACCCUUUAGAAUCUUCAGAGGGAACCCACUGGCCAAAAAUUUCAAUUCCCAUCCAGGGAUUUUUUUUUUUUUUUUUUUUUUUUUUUUUUGGAGAACAAACUGAACAGCUCCAUAUAGAAAGUCAACGCAAGUUCUAAGGUAAUAGUCCUUGCAAAUCUGAUUAAUCCUCGCAAGCCAUAGAAAACUUAUCUGUCACUCACUAUCUUUGACCCCUGCUGCUGUUGAGCCAUCAAACACAUGUCUGUAUUGGAAUCCUAAAGCUGAGAGUUAAAUUGUCAAUGAAAAUGUCACAGAGCCCCCUUCUGGACAGGUGGGGUAAUAGCACUUUCCCCACCUCUACCUUGACCCUCCUCAAAGACUCUCUACCUUUAUACUAAAGUGAACUGAAAAUAUUAUGACAUGUCCAAUGUGAACAUUUAUUUGUUUCAGAAAAUAUGUCACUUACUGAAAAAAGACUAUGUGUAUGACAUUGUCGCGGAAAGGAGGAAGUAGUAUUCAUGUACUUUUUCUUUGUAAUUUGUCGUCUAACUGAAAUUUUGAACAUACAAGUGCACCAUACUAACACAUUCCUCAUAUUCCUCUGUCUGUCCUUCAUCUUUCCUCCUCCCUUUUUCAUAACUCAAACUUUCACCAGACUCAAAAGCUGUUUCUAAAGAACAUUAAAGAGAAAUGUGGUCUCAC